AAUUAUACUGACCUACCUAGAUAAAUUAUAUUGUUAAUUAAAUAUCAGGAAUUGUGACAAUAUAAUAUAUUUAAAAUUAAAAUAUAAUGUUUAGUGACAGUCCAGUGAAUGUAGUUGGGUUUAACCACACUGAAACGCAUAAAAGGGGGAAAACUGAAAAAUCAAGCCAAUAUAAUGGACUAUUCACUGAAGACAAAUCAUGUGAUACCGUUGAUAUGAAAACUGUAGAAACUCAGACUGAUGCCAUUGAAAACAUUGAUAUUGGAAAUAUUGAUCUUGUUGCAUUAAAUGGCUGUUUGGAAAAAGGAUUAAGACUUUUAAACACUGAAUGUGAUGACUGGCCAAAAAUGAAUAGUUAUUUAGAGACAACUCAGAAAGAUAUAAAUGAUGACAAAACCAUUAAAGUAUCUUUAAGACAACAUCCUACAUUUGGAAUGAAAAAUAUCAGUGCACUUGGUUGGAAUUGUAGCGGUGACAAGUUAAUGGUAGCUACUGGUGAACAUUGUCAUACACAGUGGUGUAAUCAUUUAAAUGCAGUGUUUGUUUACUCUAUGUCAGAUUUAGAAAAUAGUGGCAGUACUGUAUCUAAUAAGCUGGAGGUCACUUCUUGUGUAACAUGUUUAGCUACACAUCCAACCAAUGAAUAUCUAAUAACAGCUGGAUUAUACAAUGGUGAAUUAUUGAUUUGCAACACAAAUGACAAUAUGUCUAUGGUCUCCCUUGAAUGGCAUUCACAGGCUGUAUCUGAAUCAUUAUGGUUUGUGAGAUCUGAUCUUCGUGUGGUAUUGAUAACUGCCGGAAAAGAUGGAUAUGUGUGUGUGGGAACUAUGAUGAGUGACAAAAUAAAAUUUACUCAGCGAAUAUGCAGGUACUUAGUUGGGAUUCCAGGAAAAGUUGGUAUUCGAUGUUUCGAUUAUUCAAACAGACAUUUUUUAGUAGCUUUGGAAAAUGGGAAAAUUUCUAGUCAUUUAUGCGGAACAACAAGAAACAUUAAAGAAGACCAAGUUUUAGAAGCAAUAAAAGUUAGAACAUAUAAUGGAUAUUCAUUAAUGAUUGAAAAUAUACAAUUUUGUCACAAAAAUUCUACUAUAUUUAUCAUUACUCAAUUUGAUUGUACAAUACUAUUAUACAAUGUGUAUCAAAAGGAUCCACUAAAAAUUAUUUUCAAUCAAAAACUAAUAACCAGAUUAUGUUGGAAUUUAGAAAAUGAGUUUAUAGUGUAUGUUGGCGAAGAAAAUGGAGAACUUACUAAAAUCAAUCUAACAAAUGGGAAAACAGAUUCAAUCAAAAAAUUUGCAUCUUGCGAUAUAAUUGCAAUGAAAAUCAACCCAAAAAGAAAAAAUAUUAUUGCAAUCGGUUCAAUACAAGGAGAAAUUUAUGUAUGUAAAUAUAAAUAGCCAUUUCCAAUUUGAAAAAAAUUAAUUUUAAGUAAUAAAAGUUAUUAUGAAU